AUGCCAACCGUGACGAAUAUUACUGGCGGUCAAAUAUACCCAACUGCAAUGACGUCAGACCAAGAGUCGUGUUCUGAUGAAGAGCCUGACAGUGAGAUGCUGAGUGAUGACCUCUGCCUGCCGGACAGUGAUGAUGACAGGCAAUGCUUGAAGAAUUCACAGAAUCUUCCAGAAGAAUUACCUUUAAACUCCUGUCUCCUGCUGCCCCCACGGAACAUUUCUACCAACAGCAGAGAGCGAUGGAGACAGCAGAAUGUCAGCGGAGCGUUUGCAGAGCUAAGGCGACUUGUCCCGACCUAUCCGCAUGACAAGAAGUUAUCUAAAAAUGAGAUACUGAGGAUGGCUAUAAGGUACAUAGGCCUCCUCUGCGAAGUGAUAGAGUGGCAGAAGAAUCACGGUCUACUAACGAAUAAGGAGAACGCUGGUCUCGCAGUCAAGUGUGAAGCCCCAGCAAGCCCCCUAGCAUGCAGACUCCUCAAACGUAACAUUGACAUACACAGACCUGAGGAUUACGAUUUCUUCAAAUAUGGCAACGAAGAAAAUGAAUUUAGAAGGAGAUUCAACAAGAACGACUUCUUGUAUGGCAAAGAUUUGAAGUUGUUGCGAAAUAAGUACUAUUUCACAUCGCGGUGGCGACAAAUGCCCUUCAGAAACCUUACAGGGGACAAAAAUGGGAAUAAUUUGCUAAUGAUUGCUCCAGGAAGUAAGGAUGAGGAGAAGAAGGAUAAACAUGAUAGUAAAGACGGGAGUAAGAGUUAG